AUGCCCACAGGUACCGCCGAUAGGUACUCGGUCCGCUGGCAGCUUGCGCCGAUUCGCUCCGAGCGAGGCACGCUUGGGAAACAGCCGAUAGACAGGUUCUUUAAGCCCGGACAGUUGGCGGAGGAAGAGUUUGUGGUAUCAGCGGUGUCGCUUGCCUCCAAGGGGGUGAUUGACUGGUCGAAGAAUUUUCUGGAUCAUGUCAGGCAGGCGGCAUCGGGAGACCCGACAUGGAUUCCGGCAGAUGACCGGAUCAAGAUCCGAAUUGCACAAUCAGAACACGAUUCGAAGGUGGCAGGACACUUUGGACAAGAUAAAACUUUGGAACUCAUCACGCGUAACUUCUAUUGGCCAAAAAUGAACGAAUGGAUUGACGAUUACGUUCGGUCAUGUGACGAGUGCCAGCGCAACAAACCCAGCCGCCAUAAGAAAUACGGUGCGCUUCUUCCACUGUCCACACCACAUUCCGUCUGGCAAUCAAUAUCAAUGGACUUCGUCGUGCAGUUACCGGAAUCAAAAGGAUACAACCAAAUCUGGGGAGUACUGGAUAGGUUCUCGAAGAUGUCGCACUUCAUCCCCCUAGUAGCAGAAACGACCGCGCAGGAUUUAGCGAAGAUAUUCCUCGGUCAAAUCUGGCGACUCCAUGGACUGCCUCUUGAUAUAGUUUCCGACAGGGACGCCAAAUUUACUUCAAGCUUUUGGGCAUCCCUUAUGGAAUUGUUGGAUGUGAGGAUAAGAAUGAAAGUCUCCAAGGUCUCUUCAGUCAACGUCGAGUAUGAUUCUCCUUGA